CUCAGCCAGACAGAGCCCGACGCUCUCCGCCCGAUCCAAACCAACACCCUCAACUUCCAUACCCCGUCGCUGAAGGACAGCAUCAUGGACACGUUGAUGCUUCAGAGAGACGAGGCCACGCGCGAUCGCGUGCGCCAGGCCUUGGAGUUCCUCGAUCCCCAUGAUCAACAUGCGCGGAGCUACAGGCCAGACAUCAUUUUGAUGCUACAAAAGAACCAACGCAGACUUGUCGUUAACAUCGACCAUGUCCGCGACCACAAUGCCGAAAUGGCCGAGGGCCUGCUCUACAACCCCUUCGACUGGACCCUGGCCUUCGAUCACGCGCUCAAGGAGAUUGUCAAGACAAUACCCCAGGCACGACCCGACCAGGUGGACCCCGACGUCCUGUACUACUGCGCCUGGGCCGGCAGCUUUGGCCUCAAUGCCUGCAAUCCGCGGACGCUGUCUUCGCAGCACCUCAACAGCAUGGUCUCGAUUGAGGGCAUCGUCACGCGCUGCUCGCUGAUCCGGCCCAAGAUUGUCAAGAGCGUACACUAUGCCGAGGCUACCCAGAAGUGGCACUUCAAGGAGUACCGCGACCAGACCAUGACCAAGGGCGUGACCACGACCAGCGUGUACCCCACCGAGGACCCAGAAGGCAACCCCCUAAUGACCGAGUACGGCUUGUGCACGUACCGGGACCACCAGACCAUCUCGAUCCAGGAGAUGCCCGAGCGGGCGCCUGCCGGCCAGCUGCCCCGAGGUGUCGACGUGAUCCUCGACGACGACCUCGUCGACCGGGUCAAGCCCGGCGACCGUGUCCAGCUGGUGGGCAUCUACCGGACCCUGGGUAACAGGAAUACGAACCACAACAGCGCCGUCUUCAAGACGGUUCUCCUGGCCAACAACGUCGUGCUGCUCUCUACCAAGUCGGGCGGCGGCGUCGCGACGGCCACCAUCACCGAUACCGACAUCAGGAAUAUCAACAAGAUCGCCAAGAAGCCCAAGCUGUUCGACCUGCUGUCCCAGUCCCUUGCCCCCAGCAUCUAUGGGCACGAGUACAUCAAGAAGGCCAUCCUCCUGAUGCUCCUCGGAGGCAUGGAGAAGAACCUGGAGAACGGCACCCAUCUGAGGGGCGACAUCAAUAUCCUCAUGGUCGGCGACCCCUCGACCGCCAAGUCCCAGCUGCUUCGCUUCGUCCUCAACACCGCCCCGCUGGCCAUCGCAACCACCGGUCGCGGCUCUUCGGGCGUCGGUCUCACCGCGGCCGUGACUACCGACAAGGAGACGGGCGAGCGGCGGCUCGAGGCCGGCGCCAUGGUCAUGGCUGACCGUGGCGUCGUGUGCAUCGACGAGUUCGACAAGAUGUCGGAUAUUGACCGGGUGGCCAUCCACGAAGUCAUGGAGCAGCAGACGGUCACCAUCGCCAAGGCCGGCAUUCACACCUCUCUGAACGCUCGCUGCAGCGUCAUCGCGGCAGCCAACCCCAUCUUCGGCCAGUACGACACCCACAAGGACCCGCACAAGAACAUCGCCCUCCCCGACUCCCUGCUGUCCCGUUUCGACCUUCUCUUCGUCGUCACGGACGACAUCGAGGACACAAGGGACCGGCAGGUCUCGGAACACGUCCUGCGCAUGCACAGGUACCGGCAACCAGGCACGGAAGAGGGCGAGCCGGUACGGGAGAACUCGGGCCAGGCGCUGAAUGUGGCGCUCAACAACCAAGCCGAUUCGCAGCGGCCGACAGAGGUGUACGAGAAGUACGACGCGAUGCUGCACGCGGGUGUCAAGGGGACAGGACGGGGUGCCAACAAGAAGCCCGAGGUCCUGAGCAUCCCCUUCAUGAAGAAGUACAUCCAAUACGCAAAGACGCGCAUCAAGCCGGUCCUGACGCAGGAGGCGGCCGACCGCAUCGCCGACAUCUACGUCGGCCUCCGCAACGACGACAUGGAGAGCAACCAGCGCAAGACCAGCCCGAUGACGGUGCGUACGCUCGAGACCCUCAUCCGUCUCGCCACCGCGCACGCCAAGUCCCGGCUGUCGAACCGCGUCGAGGAGCAAGACGCCGCCGCGGCCGAGUCCAUCCUCCGCUUCGCGCUCUUCAAGGAAGUCGUUGAAGACGAAUCCCGCAGGAAACGGCGUAAGACACGCCCUCUCGAAGACGAAGACGACUCCAGCUCCUCCUCCGACGACGGCAAUUCCGACUCGGACGGCGACGAACCGAACGGCACCGCCCGUGGCAGCACCGCGCGCUCCACACGUACCUCCCAACGCCCCGACAACAACAACACCAACGGCCGUCGCCGCCCAGCCGGCCGUAGGAGACAGGGCGCCUCGUCCGACGACGCGGACGGCGCCACGCCCGCGGAAAACGACGAGGACGAGACCGAAGACCUGUACAACGCCACCCCGCGCCGCUCGACGCGCACCACCCGCACGUCCGCCGCCGCCGCCGCCUCUUCCUCCUCCCAACCUUCCUUUGCCUCCUCCAUCCCGGCCUCUCAGCUCCGCAGCCAGUCCCAGCGCGACGACGGCGCCGACGCCGACGAAUCCCUCGCCUCGGGUACCGCCAACCUGACCGUCUCCGACGCCAAUGGCGGCGGCGACGAGGACGAGGACGAGGACGAAGAAGACCAGGACGAGCGGAUCAGCGAGGCCCGCCUCGAGGUGUUCCGCCGCGCGCUGGGCCAGCUCCUCAACACGAGCCUGUUCGAGGAGGACGACUCGGCGGGCGUCGACGAGCUCAUCGAGGCUGUCAACGCAAAGGUCGGCCGGCAGCAGCGGUUUACGCGAGAGGAGGCGGUCAAGGCGCUGAGGGAGAUGGAUGCCAGGAAUCAGAUCAUGUGAGUUGCCC